AUGGUCUAUGUGUUAAAGGGUGACUUCUCCGUACUCUCCCAAAAGGUGGUGUCUCACUCUGCCUCCAUUAAACAAUCGGAGACCCAAUUUGGGCAAAUCUCUACGCAACUAAAUGCAAGGACUAUAGGUGGACUUUUGAGUGACACAAUUGCUAACCCAAAGAAUGAAGCACAAGUCCUAGAAAUUGUCAUUAGAAGUGGGAAAGUACUUAAAGAACCCCUUAGAGGAGAGGUGAGUGAAAAUAUGCCCAAGGACAAGGAAAAUGAGGUGACACCUCAAAGAUUAAAAUCAAAUGAUGAGAAAGAGCUAGAUGAAAGCAAUGAGAAAGUGGUCGAAGUUGAAAAGCCGCAAAGAAAAGAAAAGACAACCAUCCAUGUUCCUCCUCCGUUUCCUCAACGAUUGCAUAAAAAGGAAGAGAAUGACAAAUUGAGAAAAUUUAUGAAGAAGCUUGUUGAAGGUAAUACCAUUGAAAUUACUUAUGGGUGUAAUGCUAUCAUGGAUAGCAAGUUUACGGAAAAGAAAAAUGACCCCGGAGCCUUCACUAUCCCUUGCACCAUUGCUGCUCAUGAGUUUGCAAAAGCUCUUUGUGACCUUGGUACAAGCAUCAACCUAAUCCCAUAUGUCAUAUAUAAGAAACAUGGUUUGUACACUACUACAUCAACCUCAAUGCAACUUUUGAUGGCGGACCGGUCCAUUAAAAGGCCAAUAGGUGUAUUGUUUGAUGUCCUCGUGAAGGUGGACAAAUUUAUUCUCCCUGUGGAUUUUGUUGAAUUGGAUUGUGAGAUGGAACAAGAGGUGCUUAUCAUUCUUGGUUGUCCUUUCUUUGCCACUGGGAGAGGCAUUGUUGAUCUAGAUAUGGGGGAAAUAAAAUUUUAG